AUGUUACAGAAAGAGAGGGAGCUGAAGGACCAGGUGCGUCGAGAUCGAGACAAGGAGAUUGAGCUAGUGAUCUCGAGACUCGAGGAGGAUGCUACUGCUAGUCGUGAGGAGACUGAAAAGGCAGCAGAGCACAGAAUUAGGAGAAUACGAGAAAAGUAUGAGAUGGAGAUGAGAGACCUAGAAAGAUCGGAGCAGCAAGCACUUGAGAAAUACAAUGAAAUGAAGGCUAGGCUAACUGAAGUGAGUGGUGAAAAUGAGUGUCUAUUAGUCAAGCUGAAUCAGAAAGACCAGGAGAUUGACAACCUACAGGAGCUCACUGACAAAAUGCAUCGUGAGAGGGAUCGAGUGUCUGAUAUCAUACGCCAAGAAUUUGCUGACCGACUGGUGGCAACAGAUGAAGAAAAUAAGCGUGUGAAAAACGAGAUGUCUGAAAUGAAGGCAAGACAUCGGAUAGAGCUGGAUAGAUGCAAGGAGCAAAUGGAGGACGUAAGGAAACAGAAAGACGAGGAGAUGGAGGAAGUCCACAAAAGAGUAAAACAAGCAAUUGUGAAGAAAGAGGAAGUGGUCACUCAAUUACGAGAACAAUAUAAUGCUGCUCAGAAGAGAGCAGAUCACUUGGAGGGCCUUCUACAACAACAGAGGAAGCAACUGCUGAGCAAAAAAUAACUUCCAGGAAAUAUAUAGAAAACAAGUUUUAUAAAACUGUUAAUAUAUAUAUAUUUAUAUGUUGGCUUCACAUGGGCAUUAGAUUAUAGAAUACAUGUAUUUAUUGAUACAUGUACUUCAGUAAGUACAGUACAUUUAUACAUGUAGCUUAAACAGUGCUUGGUAAGAAAUACAAAACAUUACAAUUUUAUGACAAGAAUUGUGCAUCAUACUUUUUGAUGAUAUUUAUUGCUUAAACUCAAUGCUGACAGUCCUCAGUAUUCUUUUUUAUAAAUGUAUCCAGCUUGAGAUAACCCUGUGGCAUCAAUUUCUCAAUAAUCGUCAUAGACUAGCUGCUAUUUUUAACAUUUAUAGAAAGAAUGGGUGGUCGAAACUUAGAUAUUACUAUAGGUAGUAGCCCUAGAUGUGGAAAUUCAUGUACAUGUACCAGUACUUGUACACCACAUGAAGUGUAUCUCUUGAUGGUAAAGUGCUCAGUUCAUGUUGUAUUUUUUGAUUUUAAGGAUUGAAACAAGACUUACAUGUAGUUUGAAACAUGCUCAUAUGUAUAAGUGUUGUGUAUGAAAUACAGGGCAAUCUGAGAUUUUAUUUAUUUUCCAUGCUCUGUUUUGUCUCAUUACUUUGAAAUGUCAUACUGAAUAUUCCAUCCAAUGUUGAGUCUGUGAUACAUUGCUUUAUUGUACUGUAAUAGGACAAGAAUUUGAUGUUUAUUAUCAAACUAAACACUUCAAAUUUUUGUCUCUCUUCUUAGAUUUACUGAGAGUUU